GCCAGGGUUCUGCCUCGUUCGGACUCGAAAAUCACAGCUUAUAAAGGGAACUUACGCCUCAUCGGGAUCACCAACCUAGUCGACCCCUUGCACAUAUGCAUACCGCCCACACUGCCCUCGGCUGAGUAACGGGUAUCCGAUAGUCGAGGCACUGCAGCCCAGGGUUCUCCCUCGUUCGCAUUCGAUUUCAUCGAAAUUGAGUUAGCACCAGAUAAGCGCUCAGCUGCCAUUGGCCCGCAAAAGCGCUGUCGUCAUGAAGAGCGGUCGCCGCAUGCCGCCGGGCUUUCUGUUGUUGUUGCCGAACGGCACUUGCUGCUGUUGCUGUUGCUGUACGCCGAGUACUGAGUACGUCGGAAUCGCACUCGCCGCUCGCCGCUCGCGUGUGUGUGCGUAAAAAGUAAGCUCGGCCACGCGCUGCGCCGCUCGCGGAUUGCGGUCCGGCCGCUAUUUAAGGGCCGGCGUGUGCCCCAACUCCUCAUUAGCCAUAAGAUCUCGCAGAGCCCAGACGCCAGCUCAGUUUACUCCGGACCCAAGUCUGAACGCCCUAAGAACCUAACAAGCUCGAGAUCGCGAGUGCCAAUCGUAUAAGUCUGACAAAAGCCACAAGCAAAGCCGAGAAAACAUGGCCACCAACACAAGUGAAUCCGCGGAGAUGCUGUUCGUGGAGCGGCUGCAGCAGCAGAGUCCUGCUGGUCCUCCGACCAGGACCUGCUCCCAACAACAACCACGCCAGAUGGCCGUGUUCUCCUGUCUCGCCCGCCUGUCUCCCGCCAAGUGCUGGCUCCUGGGCAUCCUGCUGCUGCUGACAGUCGCCUCCAGCUGGCCCUCGGGCACAUCCGCCGCCCCCCGCCGCGCCCGAGGACUGCACCUGAUCUUGGAGCACCGACACCACCGCCCCCACCGCCACCACCAGCAGGCGAGAUCGGCGCGUCCGACUCCCAGGAUCGUAACAUUGCCCACCAACCAGACCGCCCCGACCCAGUGCUCGAGCAUGAGUAUGACGCCCAACAUAUCCGCCCUGGAGGAGGCUCGGAGCGUAGCCGCCAGCACGCGGGAGGCCGUCAUCUGUCUGACCCAGGAAUACGUGGAGAACAUGCACGAAAACGACCUCAAGGGAACCAUCAAGAAAUACUCGUAUCACGAUCUGUCUCUGAAGCAUCCGCUGCAGGUUGAGGUCGGCAAGGUUGCCUUCAACAACGAGAAGGAUACCUUCGAGUACGUGAACCCUGAGACGGUGUCCUCAAUCGAAGAGGAGCUGCCCAAGAUCAUAGAGACGCUGCUUGUGCUGGAGCACCUUUUCGAAAAAAUCGAGUUCCCCUACAAGGCCUGGCACUGCUACUUCGCCAAUUUCAUGAACUUCUUCGAGCACAACAUGCACUGGGCCAUGAGGGUUGCCAACCAGAACGCUGUUUGCAAUGCCGCCUUCUCCGAGUACAACGACAAACACGUAUUGCUGGAGUUCGGCGCCGCCUUGGAGACCAUCAAGGUGCUGACCGUUGUGGAGCACAAGUACGAGCAGCUGAUCGCUCUGAACCCACUGGCACAGUGAUCCGCUGGCCCCCGCAGACCACGUUCCAGACGCAACAAGCCAUACCAAAAACAACCGCCUCCGACGACCCACUGCAAUCUCAAGCUGCUAGGCUACGCCCCGUACUCGUAUAACCAGUGCUAUCCUUAGUUGCCACUGGGAAACCCCCAACUGGCUUAGUCCCAAUUAUUUAUAAUAACUUAUUACCGUCAUCCCCCGCACAGCCAUUCGUAUUUAUAUCGCUUCGCAUCCUAUUUAUAUACAUAUCACCAUACUCACACAACACAUUCACCGCCUCGCAGGCUCGAUAACUUAUGAAAACUACCGCUUAAGUGAAUUUUUUUACACCAUUGUAUUAUGACUUUCAAUAAAUUAUAUUGAUUAUGCGCAUGA